GUAAAGUAAACAUGACUGUUAUAUGUGUGCCUCGAAUGCUCCAUGUUGAUAUAUGCUUUAGUAUUAUGGUGUUUGGGGCUUUAAGCAAAGAAGCAUGGAAAGGGCUGACUUAAAAUGAGCAUAUCUCAAGAUCUAGAAGUGAUAUUGAGAUGAUUCAAGUUGGAGGUGAUAGCUCUUCUCAAGAUCUUUCCAACGACUGGUCAUAAGCUUGAUUUGGUUAAGAAUCGAGGGAGUUGUGACUGUUUAAAGAAGUGCUGUCCGCGCAGGAGGAGUUCGACCGAACCAUUUAAUAGGUUCGGUCGAACCUUUUGGCAGAACUGAUGCUCUUUUCAUUUCUAGAGUAGGUUCGGUCGAACCUAUGGUGGUGUGACCGAACCGCACUAAGUUCGACCGAACUCUGGGUAGGUUCGGUCGAACCUUCGAGCCCCUGUUCCCGCGCUGCGAUUUCUUCUUAUUUUGCUCGGGAUGUAAUCUUAACCGUUGAUUCAUCUUGCACUAUAAAUACUCUUGUUUUUCAUUGUAGAUAGUAUGAGAGAGAAACACAAGUGAGACUUAGACCUUAAAUUAGCUCACCAAGAACACCAUCUUUCUCCAUUGUAAUUCUUCCUCCAUUAAAGAGUAAUACAAGCUCCAAUCUCCCCAAAAGUGGAUGUAGCUCAUUUUUGAGUGAACCACUAUAAAUCUUGUGUGUUUUAUUUUGUUCAUUUUUAAUUGUUUUCUCAUUUAGCUUUGCAUUGUUCCUCAAUCAAAUUCAAAGUCCCAAAGAGGAUCCUAUUUCAUAACAAUGACGUUCAAAAAUAUAUAUAUAUAUGGCAUUUGUUCAAAUUUGUAUUUUUCAAUUCAGGUACGAGGAUGAUGAAAGGUCAAGUAGCAGAUUUCACAAGCUAAUAAGAGAAGCAGAAGCCAUGUUUACAACCUUCUUCUUUAGUGAUUAUUUUCCUUCUGUUAUUGGGUGGCUUGAUAAGCUAACCGGAAAAUUCUCUAGACUUGAGAAGACAUUUAAGGAUUUAGAUGCAUUCUUUGAAGAAAUCAUUAAUGAUCAUCUUGACCCAAACAAACCUAAAUCCGAGCGAGAAGAUAUCGUUGAUGUUCUACUCCAACUCAUGAAUGAACGCUCAUUUGAGCUCACAUUAGACCACAUCAAAGCAGUUUUAAUGGUCAUAUUAAUAGCAGGAACGGAUACAAGUUCAGCCAUGGUAAUUUGGGCAAUGGCAGAGCUAAUGAAAAAUCCUAUUUCAAUGAAAAACGUACAAGAAGAGCUUCGUAAUGUCAUGCAACACAAGGGAUGCAUCAAUAAUAGUGACCUCGUAGGGCUUGAAUACUUCAAGGCAGUAGUGAAAGAAACAUUUAGGCUACAACCAGCAACACCGUUGUUAAUUGUGCAUGAAACAAUUCGAAAAAGCACCAUUGAAGGAUAUGAUAUAUUACCUAAAACUUUGGUGUAUGUAAAUGCAUGGGCUAUUGGAAGAGAUCCCGAAAAUUGGUCAGAUCCAGAAAAAUUCAUGCCAGAAAGGUUUUUGGGAAGUUCAAUUGAUUUCAAAGGAUAUGACUUUGAAUUAAUCCCAUUUGGUGCAGGAAGAAGGAUAUGCCCUGGAAUUCAUCUUGGUGUAGCUAACAUGGAAUUAGCACUUGCAAAUUUGUUGUACUAUUUUGAUUGGGAAUUGCCUAGUGGUGUUAAGAAGGAAGACGUCGACAAUGAUACAUUCCCAGGCAUUACCAUGCAUAAGAAAAAUCCAUUAUGCCUUUUGGCGAAAAAAAUUAAUAAAAUUUAAAAACAAGUUACUAGUAUAAAAUGUAAGCAUGAAGUAUUAUUGUAGGACAUAAUACAAUUGUAGCCUGUUAUAUUAGAUUUCAUGCAUGUACGAUAUAUAUAAUUAUAUUCAUACUACGUACUUCCUCUGUUCUUCUAUUUCAAUUUUUUUUUACCCAAUACUAAUAUUUGAGUCAAACUUUGAA